CAUAAGUAUGUCGUAUCCGGAGAUAUUGAAAAAAUGUAUAGAGCCGUGCUUGUAGAGCCCUCUCAACGUUCAUUACAGCAAAUUUUAUUUAGAUUUAACCGUAGUGAUGUUAUACAGUCAUUACAUUAAAUACAGUUACAUACGGCACUGCAGCCGCACCUUACUUAGCCACUAAGUGCUUGGUUUCGCUGGCAGACCAAUGUUCCGAUCCAGAAGCAAAAUUCGCUAUUUCAAAAGAUUUUUAUGUCGACGAUUUUUUGAGCGGCGGAGAAACCAUUCCGUCAGUAAUAAAUCUAUGUAAACAGGUGAUCAAUUCUUUACAGUCAGCACAAUUUAAGUUACGAAAGUGGCAAUCGAAUAGCCCUGAGAUAUUAGAAUCAUUACCAAAUGAGAAUUUGCAUGUUAAUCAUAGGGAUAAAACACUUGAUUUGGAUAAUUCAUUACCACACAAGACACUUGGUCUUCAUUGGGAUUGCAGUAAAGAUAAUUUAUUAUUCAAAAUUAAUUUAAACACAAAUACAAAAAAAAUUACAAAACGAAUUAUUUUAUCGCUUAUAAGCCAAAUUUUUGAUCCUUUAGGUCUUCUGGGACCAUGUACUGUACAAUCUAAAAUUCUUAUGCAAAAACUUUGGGUUCAGAAAUACGGUUGGGAUGACGAAGUUUCUAAAGAAACCCAGAAGUGUUUUUCAAAUUUCGUAGCUUCUCUUAUUUCACUUAACUCGCUUCGCAUUCCCCGUUGGGUUUGUACUAAUAAUGUAUUGUUAUUAGAGCUACAUACCUUUUCAGACGCUUCAGAACGUGCAUAUGGCGCAUGUGUUUAUGUAAGAGCAGUCAACAUGAAUGGCAAAAUACAAGUUCGUCUUCUUACCUCUAGGAGUAAAGUGGCGCCCUUGAAACCAACAACAAUACCCCGGUUAGAGUUGUGUGGUUCACUUCUUGCCACUAGACUUCAUACUAAAGUCAUAUCUUCUUUAACACUUAAAAUACAUAAUUCUUAUUUUUGGACUGACUCUACAAUCGUGUUAGCAUGGCUAAAGACUCAACCAAAUCAAUUAAAAAUGUUUGUACGUACUCGAGUGGGUGAGAUACAAGACUGCACAGCUGGUCAUCGAUGGAGCUACGUACCGUCAAAAGAAAACCCUGCUGAUUUAGUCUCACGGGGAGUGACCGCAGACAGUAUUAGCUCUGCUACUUUAUGGUGGUCUGGUCCUCAAUUUUUGCAGUCAAAAAAUAUUAAUUUUCCAACCAUACCAAAUACGCAUACAAACUCAAACACAGAAUUAGUCCUACACACUACAAGUACACAAAAAAAUGAUACAAUUAAUUUUCAAUCUAACAUCAUUCAUAAUUUAAUUCAUAAAAAAUCCAACUAUACACAUUUAAUAAGAACAUUUGCCUAUAUAUUAAGAUUUAUUUUCAACUGUAAGAAUCCCAAAAGUAAGUUAACAAACUUUUUAUCUCCAUCUGAGAUAUCAAAUUCAGAAACAAUUUUAUUACAAUCCGUUCAACAAGAAAUGUUUCCUGAGGAAUACAAAUUAAUUAAGUCAGGUAAAAACAUUCCAUCAAACAGCAAAUUAAAUUCAUUGUCCCCUUUCUUGGACCCACAUAAUCUCUUAAGAGUUGGUGGUCGCCUCAAAAACUCUUCUUACACUUAUGAUGUUAAGCAUCCUAUACUACUAUGUAGUAAACAUCAUAUUACUAAACUUUUAUUUCAAAAAGAGCAUACAGAGCUUAUGCAUGCCGGACCUCAACUUCUUUUGUCUUGUGUAAGACAAAAAUAUUGGCCACUCGGGGGGAGGAACUUGGCUAAACGCGUCGUGCAUAGCUGCGUUAGAUGCUUUAGAUUUAAAUCAAAAUAUGUUCAACCCAUUAUGGGCGAUUUGCCUCAUGAUAGGACACAUUUGGAAUUUCCAUUUUUACAUACAGGCGUGGAUUAUGCUGGGCCAGUGUUGAUAGCCGACCGUAAGGGAAGAGGCGCUAAGCUGACGAAAUCUUAUAUAUGUAUUUUUGUUUGUUUUGCAGUCAAAGAGGUACAUCUGGAGCUCGUCGCGGACUUAACCACCGAUGCCUAUCUCUCGGCACUGUAUCGAUUCGUUUCACGCCGCGGUAAACCAGCAUCAAUUACCUCCGACAACGCUUCUACAUUUCUUGGAGCUACAAAGAACCAAAUGGCGAGCUUCAACAUCAAGCCUCAAGCCAGGCGCCAUGGUGCUCGUGAGGGAGAAGAACCAACCACCGCUUUUGUGGCAGCUCGGAAGAAUUGUGAAGCUGCAUCCCGGUAGAGACGGUGUCAACAGGGUUGCCGAUAUCAAAACUAAACGAGGAAUCUUGCAAAGGGCUUUCAACAAUAUUUGUCCCCUUCCUCUCUCUUAAUCAAGUUUGAAGACAUUAACCUUGCCCCUGCAGACUGUUCAAGUCUUGAACCGGUUAGCGCGGGGAGGCGCGGGGCGCGCGGGCAGGCGCGGGCGCAGCUCUCCGUGUCCAACAAUGCUUCAGCGACGGUCAUUCAUACAUCACGUAUCAAGACAUCAUAUUAUAUUGUCAAAUUAUUAAAGUCAUGUUAUAACCAAGGCGUCUACUCUUCUUCCCAUUUACACGC